UGAUUAGAGCCUGAUAAUUGUAAUCCAAUAAAAUAUUCGCUGGAUUACCCACCUCUCGUUCUCUCUCCUCAACCUCCCGUCUCCUACUCCUCAAACAAAUCGAAACUUACCACUUUUCUUUUGUAAGCUCUUCUCUCCCAAAACAACCCGGCGACCCCUUUCUCGUCUAAUUUUCUUUUUAGAUCCGGUGGUUUUCACCCCGAUCCCUCUAUUUUUUGGCUAUCUCCUUGCUUUUGACAGAGUUUGUUAUCUCCCUAGUUUUUCUAGGACAUUUCUUUGGCUCUGGGCGGUCCUUUUAGAUCAAAUCUCAAAUCUCAGAUCUCAUAUCUCAGAUCUCAGAGCUAGAGAAGAUCAAGUUCUGCAGGGGCGGUGGAAUUGCUAGAGGCGCCUCUAUUCCCAAGUCCUUUUAAAUUUAUUUUAUUUUAUUAAUAUACUCUUUGUAAUUCCCCUUUUGUAUUUCUGAGUUCUAAAGGUGUUGUUUUAUCUGGGUUUCUCUUCCACUGAUCAUUGGUGGGUUGGGGUUAUUCAUUUAGAUGAGUACAAGAUUUCUAUUUUCUUAGAUUUUGUUUUAUUUUGAUCUGCCCUUUUCUCUUUAUUUCCCUAUUUGAACUAUGACCGUGUUCUACCUCUAACUUCUUGAACUAUUACCUGUGAACUACUAUUAGUUCACCAAAAAAAUUAAAAAAUUAAAAAAAAAAGGAUAAAAAAGGGCAAUAGUUUAGGGUUAGGGUUGAUCGAACCUUCCUCAUUCUAACGCCACCUCCUCUAAGCUCUGUCUCCGUCUCUCUCCUCUCCGUGGCCACCUAGCGCAUUGUAUUCCCUAAUCUUCAUUUCCUCAGCCCCAAAUCUCUCUGCAGCCUGCAACUGACAAGGAUUUUUGUUAUUUGAGACAUGGAUAAGGACCUCCCCAAUAUAAAGAGAUGGGUUGUGAUAUAUCCUAUUUAUAUUAAUUCAAAGAAAACCGUAGCUGAAGGGAGACGAAUAAGUGUAGAGAAAGCGUGUGAGAGUCCUACUUGCACUGAAAUCGGUGAUUGCUGCAGCCAUUUCAAGCUCCCAUUUGCGAUUGAGAUAGAUAAGGCUUAUUCGCGGGAUUUUAUGCAAAUAGGGAGAGUGAGGGUCUUGCUGAAAAGGGAAGAUGGAACUCCAUAUAAUCCAGCCAUUACAACCAGGAAACAGCUGAUGCUCAAAGUUGCCGAGUUGGUUCCUAGACAUCCCGGCAGGACUAAGAAGCAGGAUCCUGCUGCAUCUGCAUCAACUGCUGGACCGUCCAAAUCUGGGAAACAUGGAAAGAAAAAGAGAUAGCUCCAUAUUCUCAGAAAUCACUUAUAACUUUACCUUUGACAUUGAACUCUACUGGAAUGCAAAGGCUCCCAUUUAACAGAUCCAAAUUUUCAGUCAGUCGAACUCUUUGCCAGUUUAGACAUUAUACCUUGGUUAUGGUUGAAAUUACAUACACAACAUAAACCAACUUAUGUGUAGAGGAUGAUUUAUUUGGCUUGGUUAGAACAUUUCCUUCUUUUCGGAAAGUUGGAGAUAGUUUUGUUAUAUUUAAUUUGGAUUUAAAA